AUGGAAAAUCAUCAACAAAACCCCAAAAAGAGAGAUCGUGAGGAAGAGGACGAUGGGUUUUCUAGAAAGAAGGAUUUUCCGCCGCCGUUGACGGCGGCGGCGGCGGGUGAAGGGAAUCUGAAGGUGAAGCUGAGGAUCGGAAAAAGCCCACCAGUUGCCGGAGAAGAGGAGUCGCCGGAAAAGAAAGAUCACGUUUGUGUGGAGUGUAACAAGAGGUUCAGCUCCGGGAAGGCUCUGGGAGGUCACAUGAGCAGCGCCCACGUUCAGGCCAACCGAGAUUACUCGUACAAGAAGAAAAAACAGGUGGUCCGCGGCGGCGCCGGCGGCUCCAGCAAGGGUUCCGACGAGGACGGCGGCGAGGAGGAGGAUGAAGAAGAAGGCCGGAGAGAGUACUACCGGGGCAAAGACGGCGAGAUCAGGUGCCCUCAUUGCUUCAAAAAAUUCCCCUCGAGGAAAUCGUUGUUUGGGCACAUGAGAUGCCACCCGGAUAGGUACUGGAGAGGGAUGGAACCUCCUCCUAUCCCGGGUAGUAGCACCAAUAAGUCUGAAGACAAAGAUGAAGACGAAGACGAGGACAAGGACAAAGAUGGAAAGAUCUCCCCAGAGAGAGUUGAUUUGCAAGGAUAUCUAUCCAGCUGGGGGUCAAAGGCCAAAAGAGGCCGCUCUCCGAUCAAGCAAAGAAGCUCCUCCACCUCCAUCUCCGACGACGAGGAGCUCCAGGAAGCCGUUCACCAUCUGGUAUGUUUGGGCAACGCCCAAAACCCUAACCCUGAAAUUAACAAAAAUAAUCAUAUGAUAGGUAAGGGCAAGGAAAAAUUAAUAGAUGAAGAGGACGGGCUGGACAACCACUCAGAAGACGAUGAGGAUCAUGGGAUCACGAAAUGGAUUAAUCCCAAGAACAUUGAUUGCCCUAACCCUAACGGAAACGCUUCAGCUGCAGCGUUAUCCAAUGAUAACAACAAGAAAAGAAGAAUUAUUGUGGAGAAUACGAUGAGGCCUUUGAUGGAAAGCGAAAUGGAAUUAACUAAAGAGUUGUUCAAAUGCAGCACUUGCAACAAGUGUUUCUCUAGUCACCAAGCCUUGGGAGGCCACAGGUCAAGCCACAACAAGUUCAGGCUCAGUGUCCAAAACACCAUUGACGACGAGCAGACCAACACUACUUCUGCUCCCGCUACUAUUCCUGUCCCUAGCCCGGUCCAAAACCCACAAACUGUGGCAAACACCAAUGAAAACAUCAAUGAUGUCCCAAAUGCUACCUCUAAGUACCAGUGCGGUGUCUGCAACAAGGUUUUCGCGACCGGAAAGGCGUUGGGAGGCCACAAGAAGUGUCACUCGGUAUCUCAAUCUACCCUCCUGCAGCCUGCUCCUCCUCUGAGUUCCCCAGAAAGAUCAUCAACUCCCCCUGACGAUGACGCUACCGGGAAGGCAUUGGGAGGCCACAAGAAGUGUCACUCGGUAUCUCAAUCUACCCUCCUGCAGCCUGUUCCUCCGAAUUCCCCAGAAAGAUCAUCAAAUCCCCCUGACGAUGACGAUGAUGAUGAUGAAGAACCGAAACGCCUGGAUUUCGAUCUCAAUGAGAUUCCAGAUGAUGAGUGA